CCUUUGUCAUCCGGGACCCCGGGGCUGCGGCGGGGCGCCAUGGCCGAGAGCGGCGGCGGCGGCGGCAGCGCCCGGUUGUGUCGCCGCUGCUGGAAGCGCCACAUCGUCCGGCAGCUGCAGCAGCGGGAUCGGGCGCAGAAGGCGCGCUUCCUCGACCUGGUGCAGGCCUAUAACAAGCUCUUGGAAAAAUCUAACCUGGAAAACUUCACUGCAAAGCUGCAAGCUAAAUCUCUGGAGAACUUGCGAGGAUUCCCUCCCAGACCCAUCCAGGAGACCACUGACUGUUUCUUGGGUGCCGUCUUGGGCCCUGCAGAAUCGACGGAAAGCCUGAAGGGGAUUCAUGAGAGACAUUUGGCAGAGCUGGAAAGCAUCAAUGGGGAGCUUGCCUACAGCAUCUAUGAAUGGAACUUGCAGCUCAAGGCAAAAGACGCUGAACUGGAGGAGCAGAGGGGCAGGCUGGCCAGCCUGAGUGGGCACGUCUCUGAGCUGGAGGCUGAGCAUCGCGUGCUGCGGGAGCAGGUGGAGGAGCUGAGCCGCAGGAUCGCGGCCAUGAAGGACGACUAUGGCUCUCUGCACCAGCGUUGCCGGCAGCAGGACGGGGAGUUCCGCCGGGCGGUCGAGAGAGGCCUGGAGCUGCUGAGGUGCUUCAUGCAGAAGAAAACAGAGGCUGCGGAGCACAGGAACAAGGCCCUCAAGAGGGCAAAGCAAGACCGGCUGGUCAAGGAGCUGAAGAAGGCAGCGAGGACCCCAGUUGGCAUUAAGGUGGAGCCAGAAGAUGGGAAGGCUGAUGAGCAAAAGAUGCCCCACAGAGAUGCCCAGGAGGAGUCUGGCGAAAAGAUGUGGAAAAGGCCCUUUCGAUCUGCUUCUGCAACUUCCAUGACCCUCACCAGAUACGUGGGUGUUUUCAAAGACGGUGCAAAACAUUCACCUGUUAGUUUCAGGAUGAGACGUGGAAGCUCAUUCAGCAACCCGUCGGAGGAACGGUACUAUUACACUCCCUCCUGUGUGGCUGCCUGCCUUCCGUCAAGAGUGAGCGACGAACAGGAAGGCCACGCCUCCGAAAUCAAUGCUGCCAGGUUCAGUCCCAAUUCAUCCAUGCUGGCCACUGGUGGGGCUGACAAGCUGAUCAAGCUCUGGAAUGUGGCAGGAGGGCGAAUGGAGAAAAUGAAGACACUAGAAGGCGCCAACGGAGCCAUCACCAGCGUCGAGUUUGACCCAUCGGGAUUUCACGUCUUGGCUGCUACGUACAACAAUGCUGCUCAUCUAUGGAAGAUUGACGACUGCCGUUUCAAGGAGGUUCUGACGGGGCACACAGACAAAGUGACGGCUGCCAGGUUCAGAGCCACCCGGCACCAAGCUGUGACGGGCAGCCGGGACAGGACAAUGAAGGAGUGGGAUUUGACCAAAGGGGCGUGCUACAGAACCAUCGACGUCUUCUCCUAUUGCAACGAUAUUGUGUGUUGCGACACCUUCAUCAUCAGUGGACACCAUGACAAGACCAUCCGUUUCUGGGACAGCAGAGAUCCCCGCUGCACACAGGUGAUCCCUGUGGAAGGCAAGGUCACCUCCUUGAGCAUCAGUCCCGACCAGAUGCACCUACUGAGCUGCUCCAGGGACAACGCCCUCAAAGUCAUUGACCUUCGAAUGCACAACAUCCGGCAGGUCUUCAGGGCUGAGGGAUUCAAGUGCGGUUCUGAUGGGACCAAAGCAGUGUUCAGCCCCGAUAAAAACUAUGCCCUGGUUGGCUCCGCAGACGGCGCUCUCUACCUGUGGAACAUGGAGACGGGGAAGCUAGAGACCAGCCUGCCUGGAGUGCACAGCUCACCUGUGAACGCUGUGGCCUGGAGCCCCUCUGGAGCCUACAUUGGGAGUGUGGACCGAGGCAGGAAGGUGGUCCUCUGGAGCUGAGCUCUCGGCCUGUGGCCUCGUGGCGAGGAGGACAAUGCCAGGCUCCUGUCUCCCUCUGAGCCUGCCUGUGUCUGCUGCUGCUGCUGGUGGUCUCUGGGCUCAAGAGAAUAUCCAGGGACAUCACAAGUCUGUGGGCUCACUCUCCAUGUGCAAGUAAGCACAGACCUCUGUCUUCAAGCAGCCAGGACAGGAAAGGAAAAGGUGGGCCUGGAAUAUGAUGCCUUCAGGUCCAAGAGAAGAGGCUUCAGCCUUCACGGAGGGACUGCAAAAAGCAAGGCAGUUCCCAGCUUUUGCCUGCAGACUUUUGGUAGCUGAGAUGGCUUUGGAAGAGAACUGGACAAAUUUGAGAGCAAUCGGUGGAACCUAAUCGUUGCUGGAAAUAAUAGCUAUACAGUGGGGCCUUGGUUCUCAAACUUAAUCCGUUCUGGAAGGCCAUUCGAAAACCAAAGCGUUCCAAAACCAAGGCGUGCUUUCCCAUAGAAAGUCAUGCAAAAUGGAUUAAUCCGUUCCAGACUUUUAAAAAGAACCCCUAAAACAGCAAUUAUAACUUGGAUUUUACUCUCCAGCGAGACCAUUGAUCCAUAAAAUGAAACCAUCAACAAUGUACUGCAGUCACACAAUCAAUCAAUCAAUUAAUCAAUCAGUCAGUCAGUAGCUGAUCUGGGUUCCACACAGUCACAAAAACAAAACAAAAAGAGCCGCAAAAACAAAAACACAUAAUAGCAAAAACAGACAGACCUCAGUGUAACACUCAAAUUGGAAGUGUGGCACUCAAAACGAAGCAUGUUCGGCUUCCAAAAAAUGUUCACAAACAGGAACACUUCCUUCCGGGUUUGCAGUGUUUGGGUUCCAAGUUGUUUGAGUUCCAAGGCAUUUGAGAACCAAGGUACCACUGUACUUAAAAAGUUUAUUGCAAGCUGCCAGGAGAACUUUGUUGCAGGGCAGGAAAUGAAUAUGGUUAGCAAUAAAACAAGCAAAUGAGCAUCCUUCUCCAGAGGCAGUAUACCUCUGAAUUGUAGGUGCUGAGGACAAGGAAGUAAGGAAGGUGACCAACUUCCUGCUUUGCAUCCGAACAGCCACUUUUGGAAACAGGAUACAGUUCAAGAUCGGAGCCAGCAAGCCAAAGGCAGGUGUAAACGUCUGAGAAUAGCCACACCUGUCUCGUGAGUCUUCCUUUCCACUAUAGGCAGCUGUUCCAGCAAGUCAGAUGCAGAGGUUGGGCCCUGCACUUCUGUGAUUAAGCAGUCCUCUCCCCCCUUGUGUGCCUGGGGGCAGCUGCGAUGGCGUGCCAGGUGGACCCAGGUCCAAUACCCCGAGGCAGUUCUGACUCCAGCUUCCCAGCUGGCUGAGAACCAUUCAUUCACUUCUCGGGCCACCUGGGCCAAUCCCAGGCUCGUAUGCUUGGGGAAAACACUCCUUGAAGAAACUGGUGCCUUUGAAACUCCCUGCCACAAGACAAGGGAGAGAAGCCUGUGAGUCAGACAGCAACCGGGUGUCUUUUAUAUUGGAUGAUGGUAGACGGAGCGACAGAUGAUGGAGCACUUUGUCCCAAGGGAAGGUAAAGUUAAAGGGACCCCUGACCAUUAGGUCCAGGCGCGGACGACUCUGGGGUUGCAGCGCUCAUCUCGCUCUAUAGGCCAAGGGAGCCAGUGUACAGCUUCCGGGUCAUGUGGCCAGCAUGACUAAGCCACUUCUGGUGAACCAGAGCAGCGCACGGAAACGCCGUUUACCUUCCUGCCGGAGCGGUACCUAUUUAUCUACUUGCACUUUGAUGUCCUUUCGAGCUGCUAGGUUGGCAGGAGCUGGGACUGAACAACAGGAGCUCACCCCGUCGGGGGGAUUUGAACCGCCGACUUUCCGAUCAGCAAGCCCUAGGCUCAGUGGUUUAGAACACAGCUCCACCCACGUCCCCUGACUGCAGACAAAGAGAGUACUGUAACAGACUACACAUUUUUCCAAAUUUUGAAAUGCAGUUUUCAAUUUUUUUUAGGAGGGUUGCUGAGAAAGCAUGUAGCUUAAACAAAAAAAUUUUGGGGGGGAAAUCCACAGGAAAUGGGACAGAAUAAAGACUGAGCACAUGCAAAAUUGAUGUGGAACAGAACUAGGUUGGUUAACAGAGCUGCAACUAGAAGCUGGUAGAAGGUCCUGGCAUCUCUGUUCAAACUGCAUGGCGUCUCUGCCGCAGUCCUGGGAGAGCUGCCUCCACCAAGAAGUCUUGGGCUGGCUGACCUGACUCUCUCCAUGAGAGACCACAAGAUCCUAGGCCUGUGUCUACGCAGAACACAUGCUUUGAGUGCAGAAGGCCCCACGUCAAGUCCCCUUGUCUCUAAAUAAAAAAAUGGAUCUUGGGCAGUAGGGCAAGGAAAGAGUGCUUGCCCAAGGCUUUGGAGCUGCUGCUGGCCAGAGCGUGCAAGACUGGGUUAGAUGGGCAAAGCUUCUGACUCAAACAUCCAAACACUGCUUUUCCUGCCAGCUAGAAUCGGUCAGUUACGGUUUCCUCCCCGUUUCUCAUUUUUCCAUAGUUCAGCACAUUUCUGGAUCAGUUUGCAAUUAAAAAAAGAAUAACACAAACGUGUGUUUCUCUCUCUUAAUAUACAGGUUUCUGUAUGCAGUUUUGCCUAAUGAACUUAUUUUUGCAAAACAAAUGCAAUACACCGUGUGGCUGGAAUGUAGCCUGCUGUGCAGUGCUAUAAGGAGUCAGAUCCCUUGCUCCACCCUCUUUUGGCUCUGGCCCCACCCACCUCUGGCAUGUGGCCCCCACAAGGCCACUCAUUAAGGAAUGCGGCCCUUGGGGGGAUGAAAAAGCUCCCCCACCCCCUGAUAGAUUGCUAAACAGUAAUAAUAUUACCUGCCCCACACCAGCAGCUUCCGAGUGGGUUUAGAAUUCCGAACGUGUAAUUCCUUAGCAAUAUUUGCAUCUGCUUUGCAUGCCGAAGGUCUCGGGUUCAAACCCUGCAUCUCCAAGAAGAGCUGGGAGAAAUGCUAGAGAGCCAGUGCAGGGAUUGCUGAGCUGAAUGGACCAAUGAUCUCAUGUGGCAGUUUCCUAUUCAUUUUAUUUAAUUGGGUUUAUAUACUGCUUAAUCAUCAAAACUGGCAGCUUAAAAAAUAAAAUACAUGUCAAAAUUCCAGGUAAGGUAGCCUGGACAGAAAAUACUUUUUUGUUGUUUAGUCGUUUAGUCGUGUCCGACUCUUCAUGACCCCAUGGACCAUAGCACGCCAGGCACUCCUGUCUUCCACUGCCUCCCGCAGUAUCUGAAGAAGUGUGCAUGCACACGAAAGCUCAUACCAAAAUAAAAACUUAGUUGGUCUUUAAGGUGCUACUGAAGGAAUUUUUUUUAUUUUACUGCCUCCCGCAGUUUGGUCAGACUCAUGUUGAUGGCUUCGAGAACACUGUCCAAGCAUCUCGUCCUCUGUCGUCCCCUUCUCCUUGUGCCCUCCAUCUUUCCCAACAUCAGGGUCUUUUCCAGGGAGUCUUCUCUUCUCAUGAGGUGGCCAAAGUUUGGAGCCUCAGCUUCAGGAUCUGUCCUUCCAGUGAGCACUCAGGGCUGAUUUCCUUCAGAAUGGAGAGGUUUGGUCUUCUUGUAGUCCAUGGGACUCUCAAGAGUCUCCUCCAACACCAUAAUUCAAAAGCGAUCAGCCUUCUUGAUGGUCCAGCUCUCACUUCCAUACAUCACUACUGGGAAAACCAUAGCUUUAACUAUACAGACCUUUGUCGGCAAGGUGAUGUCUCUGCUUUUUAAGAUGCUGUCUAGGUUUGUCAUUGCUUUUCUCCCAAGAAGCAGGCGUCUUUUAAUUUCGUGACUGCUGUCACCAUCUGCAGUGAUCAUGGAGCCCAAGAAAGUAAAAUCUCUCACUGCAGGUCCCUUCACCGUAUUGUUUUUGCACCUGCUAAAAGUAUUUCCACUUCCUCCAAAGUAUUUUCACAUGGAGGCAGUGAAAAUACUUUUAGCAGGUGCCAAAAACAAUACGGUAAAGGGACCUGCCUUAAUAUCGGUGGGCAGGGAGUUUCCAGAGUGGAGGGAGGGCUGCACUCUUUGUUCCUACCCUGCAUAUUCACAAGCGCACACACACACACACACACACACUCAAACCCCCAUGACAUGUUAUUUGCAGCUGGGCUCACUGGCUUGAGUUAUGCACUUUGGGGUGGUUCUUUGUGCUUGUGAAAGGGCUGGAGUCUGCCCUGCCCUGUGUUCUUCCAUCACAUCCUCAUUGCUUGGUUUUAGUGCAAGUGCAAAAACAAGAAAGCUUUAUUUACAGAAUGAAAAUGUUUCUCACAGACUCCACUGGGGAAGUUCCUGCCCAGGUGUCUGCACCUCGAAUCCUGAGGCAUGAACAGACAGGUGCCAAUAAUAGAAUAAUAGAAUCGUAGAGUUGGAAGAGACCACAAGGGCC